AUGAAACUUCAAUUUCUGUUUCUUCAGGCCCUGGCCGUCGUGCUAUGUUAUCUCCAGUCGGCGAUCGCCGUUGAUCCCAGCCAUCAGCGGGUUGAACAGCUAAAUAAGGUGCCGGAUGGCUGGUCAAGAGGAGAUAGACCGUUGUCCACCAAACUUAUAAAAUUCCGACUAGCGAUCAACCAACAUAAUUCCAGGGAGUUCGAGCAAAAGGUCAUAGAGCUCUCAACACCAGGCCAUGCGAGCUAUGGUCAAUAUAUGAAAAGAGACGAAGUGAAGCAAUUUUUGAGUCCAUCUCCUGCCAUUUCAGACCAGAUUAUCGCAUGGCUACAAUCAGAAAAUGUUCCAACCAGUUCCAUAAAGCUAGACAGCCAUUGGAUCUCAUUCACAGUUCCAAUCUCCCAGGCCGAGCAGAUUCUGAAAACAGAGUUUUUCUACUUUCAUCAACAAGAUCAGCAAAGCACCGCCAUUCGAACUCUUGGCUAUUCAGUGCCUAGGGCUUUACAUCCCAACAUUCAAUUGAUUCAGCCUACGACUGGAUUCGGCAAUCUCGUACCUCAAAAAAGCUUCACUUUCAAACCGAAGACAGUGACAUCCGAGCAGCUAGCUGCUGGAUGCGAGGUAACUAUCAUACCAGACUGCCUUCGGGAUCUGUAUGGAAUUGACAACACAACCACCAGACCCGAAUGGCGGAAUCGACUGGGGAUAUCUGGUUUCUUGGAACAGUAUGCUCGCCACGCUGAUUUCGAUGAGUUUCUGCGCUAUUACGCCCAAAGUCACACAGAUGCAAACUUCAGUGUCGUCUCGAUCAACGGUGGCCAGGAUGAUCAACACUCCAUGUCUGAUAGUGUCGAGGCAAAUCUAGAUAUACAGUACUCUAUUCCGCUGGCAGAUGAAGUGCUAGCAACAUUUUAUAGCACUGGUGGGCGCGGCCCUGUUGUCCCCGAAAUAACUAAUCCAGACCCCACCGAAUCGUCAAACGAGCCAUACCUUGAACAGCUCCAUUACCUCUUGAAUCUCCCAGAUGAAGAGCUCCCUGCGGUGCUUUCCAACUCGUACGGAGAAAACGAGCAGAGUCUUCCACCGUCGUACUUGAACGCUACUUGCAGCCUAUUUGCCCAGCUCGGUGCACGGGGCGUUUCAAUACUUUUUGGUAGCGGAGACACCGGCCCGGGGAGUUCUUGUGUGAGAAAUGAUGGGACGAAUCAAACCAGAUUUCUCCCUGGAUAUCCAGCUUCCUGUCCAUUUGUUACAGCUGUGGGCGGAACAUACGGCAUCAAUCCCGAAAGAGCGGUUUCCUUCUCCGGAGGUGGGUUUUCAGAGGUCUUCCCUCGUCCCCAAUACCAGGACCAGGCAGUGAAAGGCUAUCUUCAUCAUCUUGGAAGUCGAUGGGAUGGACUUUACAAUGCUACGGGAAGAGGAUAUCCCGACUUAUCAGCCCAAGCCUCCAAUUUCAUCGUUCGAGACCAUGGCGAGUGGAUCUCGGUCGGCGGUACAAGUGCUUCAACACCAGUGAUUGCAGGUAUUGUUUCUCGGCUCAACUCUGCCCGCAUUGCGCAGGCUCCACGGGCUGUCAACGGAAUCCAGGCGAUGCUCGAGUACGAAAUGCAAGCUGGGAUGCCACUGAAGGGUGGGACCCGGUAA